UAAAUCGUUUUUUUCACACAGACUAGAUUUCAUAAUACUAUAAUUUGUGAUUUAAUCCCACGGUUAAUAGCAUUAACAUAUAAAGAAAGGUCUUCUUUAUAGGUCUAUGACGGUGAUUCUAAAAUUCAUGUAGGUGUAAACCUUGCAUUCGUUGUUGAUGUCGUGACCCCGGUCUUAUCACACACGAGUGAGCGCUCGUUCACCGCUGUUAUCUUUGUCCCACAUGGGUGACGCUUUUUGUAAGUUAUAUGUUUUAACGUCAAAAUCAGUAUUGUUGGUCUACACCUAGUCAAAAUCCGUCCAUAUUUAAACGUAACUCAUGUCCGGCACACAAUCGUCGCACCAUUGAAUAUUGACAAACGGCCCGUGCCUUUGAACGGCUGUUACGAACGGCACAUGGAAAUUCAAAGGCCAACAACGUUUUUCUGUUAACCCUUAACCCCAAUCGGGUUAGUGUAGAAACACAUUUCACUGUUCGUCUAACCGUGUCUACACAAUUAGACUGUGAUUCGAAUUCGCCAACACUGAACCAAAACUACAGACCGAUGCCCAGCAAAAAGAGAAAAUACAAUUCGAGAUUUCCCGCCGGGCGCAUUAAAAAGAUCAUGAGGAUCGACGACGACAUCGGCAAAGUAGCGUUGCCCGUACCCGUCAUGAUCUCUCGAGCAGUGGAACUCUUUGUAUCGUCAUUGUUGACCAAAGCAGGUAACAUAACUACUCAAAGGAAUGCCAAAACUCUAACUCUCACCCAUUUAAAACAAUGCAUCUAUGCAGAUAGUCGCCUUGAAUUUCUCAGAGAGCUCGUAAAAAAUAUUCCUGACAUUUCUGAAGAAAACAAUGACGGAAACACUGUUGAGCAAUUUGUUAUUAAAAGAAAACCAUUUGAGAACAAUGAGGACGAUUCAGAUGAAAAGCGGCGGCGUUGUAAGGAAUAUGAAAAACAUAGAAACAAAGAAUUAGUGGUCGGAGACGACAUCAGCAUAGUGACGAGCCGAUGUCUGGCAAUGGGCGGUGGGUGUUUGUGUCCCGUUACGGCAGACCCGACACUAUGGGUACAGCCAAGGAACCGGAACAGCGAGGACGCCCUGCUCGCCCUGAGCUCGAUGCGUUUGUUGUUGUCCACGUACCGGCGGCAGAGGAACGGCAGCUUAGUAUGCCCGGCGGUCGAGGAGACCUGUCGUCGGCUGUUUGAGGACAACGGACGAUCGUCCACCAUCGAGUACCUGGUUAACGCGUCCACGGACCGAGACGCUUUCGUGGCUUACGUGGCCAGAUGUGUCCUGUCGGACGUGUACGUAGCGUAUUCGUGUCGAAGUUGGCGAAUCCAGUUAACGGACAAACUGUGUGUCUCGUUCGCAAAAACUACAGUGGGACAGUCGGCGCUGGCCUCAACCGUGGACUUCUGCAAACGAAUACUGGACGACAAGGGCGUUUCCGGGCCAGCACCCAAGUCCGGUUUUUGCGAACGCGCCGUCGUGCCCUUUCAAAACGGGGACACCGUCGACGAGGCGAAGAUAGAACUGUUGACGGCUUUGCACGGACGAUGGCCAAACGCCGUGGACGCCGUGGAGGUACAGAUGAGGGACGACGGCAAAGCACCGGUCUUCGUGGAGUUCGCCAAACUAUGGACGUCCAUAUUGACCGCCGUCGAGUCGACGGAAGCUGUUCCCGCCGACCAUUACGGUUCGUGUUUGUUUCGUUUGCGGCGCGUGUUGUACGGGUCGGUUGGAAAAGCUCCCCAUCCGGGAGCCUGGACGAACCUCGUACGGUUGUCGAGCGCUUGUCUGAGCUGUGGCCGGACCGCAGCCACCGCUGUUCCCACGGUAGAAGCUAUCGUGGCCAACGUCCGGCCGUUGCUGUAUCGGCUGACCAAAACCAGAAACCGGUUGCGAGACGACGAACGCCGUGGCCACCGAGCGCUGCAAGAAACCGUUUUGCUGGUGUUGAAGUGCUUGCGGGUCGUUUCUGCAUCGGACCGGUCGGUCGACGAACCGCUCGAACUGCUCGACUCUUACAUCAAGUCCACCGGCGAAGUGGACAUUGCCGUGCCGUUCUGUCGCUGGGUGGUCUCACUGUUCCGGGACCACGACGACCUGAUGGUGGAGAGCGCGCUGUGCGCUCUGGAAACUGUGCAAGCCCGGUCAGAUCCCAAACCCGCGGCACACCUGAACCCAUUCACGAGCUUCGCAGAGUUCAUGUCGUGCGUGUCGUUUCAGUCGGACGUCCUGUUGGACUUCUUGAUUUCCGACGAAAACACCUUGUUGCUGCGGUAUAUGUUGAAAAUACUAAAGGCCAUUUGCAACGACCCCGAUGGGUUCUUCGAGGCCUGUACCGGAAACGCAUUGGACAACAUCAUGUCGACACUGAUCAGGCUGCGUCUGAAAAUACUGAGCCUGGACGACAAACACAUAUUUCCGUACAAAAUCACUCCCAUCAUCAACCUAAUUGAAUUGUGUGAUAAUUUAUACUCUGCUCGAAUUUGAAUAUUUUAUUUCAUGUAAAAGCUGUUUAAUUAUUUUUGUAAUUAACGACCAAAAGAUUAAUA